CUUCGAUUGAAUAGAACCCAACCCAACCAGCUUGCUAUAAAGCAGAGCAGCAGCCUUCCCACUUCAUGCACCACCAACACAACACACCUGAAACUACCCUGUCUUUCUUACCAUGAAGAAGAACGUCCCAAUUCUUACUACUCAACUUUACCUUUCCUUGUUUCUCCACAUUAUCACCUCCCUACUCGUGGCGGCUAGAGAUUCGCCACCUAUCUACACUCCGGUGGAAGAUAUCACGGUUAAAUGUGGCUAUUCCGGCAACUUAUUAAAUGAAUAUGAUGAACGAUAUUGGCACGGAGAUAUCAACUCAAACUUUUCCCCCGCAACUGGCAAUGACACAUCCAUAUUCAGAGAAGCACCUCAUUCGUACACCGUCCACCAAGUGUCUUACACCACAGCGCGCCUUUCGCGCUCUGAAUUUACUUACAGUUUUAAACUCACUUCCGGCCAAAAGUUCAUCCGCUUGUAUUUCAACCCAGUUUCAUAUGGUCCUGACUUUGACAGAUCCAAAGCCCUCUUCUCAGUCAAAGCCAGUGGCUUUACCCUUCUCCACGACUUCAACACUUCAGUCACUGCCGAUGCGUACGGAACAGAGAAGAUAUACAGAGAGUUCUGUCUCAACAUGGAGUCAUCAGAACAGAGCUUGAACAUCACCUUCACUCCGAGUCCGAGCCUAGCAAGCCCAGAUGCGUAUGCGUUUAUCAACGGCAUUGAAAUUGUAUCCAUGCCCACCAAUCUUUACUUCACUGCAGCCCAAAGCUCUGGGGUAGGACUCGUAGGAAAAAACUUCAAUUUUCACAUCGAAAACAACUCUGCUCUGGAGACGGUGCACCGAAUAAACGUUGGUGGAAAGUCAUUAUUUUUCAGUGAAGACACCGGCAUGUACCGAAACUGGGAUGGCGAGCAAGAAGAGCCCAAGUACUUAGACGAUUUAAGCAUUGAGUUUAGUGUUUUACCACAAAACACUAGUAUUGAACUCGACUUUGCCGGAAUGGUAAAGUACUCUGCUCCAAAAGAAGUUUAUCAAACGGGCCGGUCUAUGGGCAUGAACAAGACCAUAAAAAGCGUUGCCGCCAAGUCCAGAGAGCUUGCCAUUAUCGCUGGUGUAGUUUCCACCGUCACAAUUGUAAUGUUUCUUGGGUUAAUCUUGGUUUUCAGGCAACAACAGAAACUCAAAGACUCCUCGUGCUCCAGCAACAGAACAACCAACUCAUCUUUACCGUCCGCUUUGUGUCACUACUUUUCCCUGGAGGAGAUUAAAGCCGCCACCCGAAACUUCAGCGAUAUUUGUAUUAUUGGGCGCGGCGGGUUUGGCAAUGUGUAUAAAGGGUACAUCGAUGGUAGGGCUACUCCCGUUGCAAUCAAACGGCUGAAACCCGGGUCCUCGCAAGGGGCCCACGAGUUCAAGACAGAGAUCGAGAUGCUCUCCCAAUUACGCCACCGUCAUUUGGUGUCGUUGAUUGGAUAUUGUGUGGAUGAAAGUGAGAUGAUCUUAGUGUAUGAUUUCAUGGACCGUGGGACCCUUAGUGACCAUCUCUACCACAAAGAUAACCCAUCUCUUCUCUGGGAGCAACGGCUUGAGAUCUGUAUCGGGGCGGCGCGUGGACUGCAUUACCUUCACACGGGAGCAAUGUGCACAAUCAUUCACCGUGACGUGAAGAGCACCAACAUCUUGUUGGACGAGAAAUGGAUCGCUAAGGUUUCUGAUUUUGGGUUGUCAAAAAUGGGCGCCACCACCAUGUCUAACGCCUACAUAAGCACUGUGGUGAAGGGUAGUUUUGGCUAUCUAGACCCGGAAUACUAUCGUCGUCAGCAGCUGAGUGUGAAGUCUGACGUGUACUCCUUCGGUGUAGUAUUGUGUGAGGUAUUGUGUGGAAGGCCAGCGGUUGUGCGUAUGGUAGAGAGGAGGCAGAUGAGCCUGGCUGAAUGGGCCAAGACUUGUCAUCGCAAUGGGACACUUAAUGAAAUCAUUGACCCUUGCUUGAAGGGCAAGGUUGCGGGCCUUUGCUUUAAUAAAUUCGUUAAGAUUGCGAUGAGUUGCAUGCAUGAUAAUGGGAUUGAACGACCGUCGAUGGCUGACGUUGUGAGAGAGCUUGAAUUUGCUUUGAAGCUUCAACAGAGUGCAGACGACAAUAUGGACUUCAAUAUUGUUGAAAACAAUAUUUGUGAAGAUGAGGUUGCCUUCAUCAAAGACAAGGAAGGGUCUGGUAAAAGUGAGCAAAGUUGUGCGACCGACCAAUCCAUUAAAUGGAUUUCUGAGACAAUCUUCUCUGAGAUCAACAAUCCAGAUGGGAGAUGAUCUCGAUGAGCAACAACAUUUUUAAUGAAAUUUGAAGAAUCUAGCCACAAUUAAUGGGAGAUGAUUAAUGAUCAACAUCAUUUUUAAUGAAAUGAGAACAAUCUGGCUACAAUGAGAGCCUCCCUAAAAACAUAAAUA